AUGGCGUUCCGCGCCGGUGUCGGGGACACUUAUGGUCCUACUGACGCACCGGCUCCAGGAGGACGCGAAGAAAGUACCGUCGGCAAGGAUAAGCCGGUGAGUGUCGCGAUCGGACCGACUGACCCCUUGCCCCUGGAGACAACCGAUAUGCCGCCUAUCCCGACUUCAGAGCCUACACAGCAGUCACAGGCUCCUACGGUCCCAACGCCGCCGCCGACCACGACAACACGACGGAGCGGCAUGAUGUUCUGCGUCGUUGGCGACGGUCUCGCAUCCAUGGAGCUCUUCAAGAAUAAUUUGUGCGACUACAUUGUCUACCCGGACCUGGUGGCCGAAUCAGGGCGAUUCACUCCCCUGCUGGGAAGAGCCUCCUGGAGCAUCUUUCAAGAGGGCGCCAAGGCUAAUCCCAGUAUGGGGAUCGGCUUGAGCUUCACAUCCGUUGGAGUAGGGGAGGCAGGUAGCACGCUGGACUCCCUCUACAACUUGGCCUCCCCGCUUGCCAGUUUGGCGCAUACGAUGAACGUGUCGGCAAUGGGCGUCCUCAACUUUCCGCCCCAUCUCGUCGCAAGUGCCACUUUACUGGCAGUGGCUUUCCAGGCACUAUUACUUAUAUAUCUUCUGUUACGAUCUGACGUGGUGGUGCCCUUAUAG